AUGACACUCACCCGAACACUUGGUAUUUCUGCUGACCGGAGGGCAUUCACUCAGGUGCUGGGGGACCCUGGGAAGAAAGACAAACAACGACUCAUGGGCUGGAGCCAGGACAAGAAGGUGAAAAACGAGUAUAUCAAAGAUGAUGAUGGAAAACCAGAGACGGAGAGGCGGCGACUAAAGGCAGAUCCUGCUUAUUGGGGAACAUCUCAUGCCAUCACUGUGGAAACACCCAGCAAGGUCUUACGAGUGGCCCGAGAUUCGGCCGCAACACUACCAUGUUCUUAUAAGACAACACUUACUGCACGAUAUGGAUUCAUCCAAUGGGAUAAGCCUCUAACAACUCCUCCAGGACAACAUCAUGGAGACUAUAGACUAGAGAAGGUGGCACCCUCCAUACCAGACUGCGGCAUUGAGGGGGAAACUGUGUACGGAAACAACAUCCAGCUAACGUGCCAGUCCAAAGAGGGGUCCCCAGCCCCCCAGUACAGCUGGAAGGGCUUUGACGUGGAGAACAAGGAACGGCCACUCUCACCACCAGUCACAGGAAAGACCCUGCUUUUGAAAAACAUUUCUGCAGAUACCUCUGGCUAUUACAUCUGUACCGCUACCAAUGAAAUGGGGACCAAGUUCUGUAAUAUCACUGUUGCUGUCCGACCUCCCUCAAUGAAUAUCGCCCUGUACGCUGGCAUCGCGGGAGGUGUGGUUGCUGCCCUCAUCAUCAUCGGCAUCAUUGUGUAUUGUUGCUGCUGUAAGGGCAGUGAGGAGAAAGACAGCGAGAGGCCGAAUCGAGAGGACUAUCAGGAACCUUCAGAGAAGACAGAAAUGCAAAGAAGAAGAAAUAAUGAUGACGAGGAAGGCGGGAAUCAGGACAGGUGGAGUUCUGGGCAGGGCUCCCCUACGCCCAGCACUCGGUGACCCGAGCUGCCUAAAAUUCUACAUGGAAGAAGGGGAGAAAGACCAGAAAGAGCCUACUUUUGAAUAGUCUCCCCUUAGUGCUCCCAGAGCAGGUUUUCCUAUCACUUAGUCAGCUCUGUUUAUACAGUGCUUCCUCUC